UCAUUCCACUCACUCCUAUUCACCCAAUACUCCACUCUUCCCUGCCCCGGCUGAUUCAUUCACUCCACUCACUCAUACACGCCGCACUAUAUACCUAUCCUCAUAUCCCGUCAACAGGCCCUCCCUUGCUACCUAACCACCACCUCUUUGCUGAAAAUCAAUUCAUUUCCCUCAGUAAUUACACAUAGCAUGGGCUCGCGACUCCAGCGCUCCUCGACAAACGAGCACAGAGAUCCUCUCGCUGCUGCACACAUUUACUACGGUGACUCUCACAAGAAGGCUUCCCGCGUUCGGACCUGGUCCACGCAAGUUGGCUCUGCAGCCACCACGACGAAUACUGGCGCGAAGCUCCCCACGAGGCGUUCUAGCCACGACGAACAAACCCUCCAACCACGCAGAUUCCUCGUCGACGUCAACAAGACCCUGACCUCUCUCCUGUCGCGCGAAGACACUGACGGCAAUUGCCAAAUCACAAUCGACGAUGAUGGUCCCAAAGUCUUCUCGCUCGGCACCGCUGCCUCGAAUGGCAUCAACAAGGCUGACAUACGCGGCACCUAUAUGCUGUCCAACCUGCUGCAAGAACUCACCCUGGCUCAAGACUACGGUCGCAACGUCAUCUACUUGGACGAGGCGCGGCUGAACGAAAAUCCCGUCAAUCGCCUGGAGCGCCUCAUUCGCGACCAUUUCUGGGACGGUCUCACGCGUCGCAUUGAUGGCUCCAAUAUUGCAAAAGUUGGCCGUGAUCCAAAGGACUGGACCUCGGAUCCAAGACCGCGCAUCUACGUCCCGAGAGGUGCGCCCGAGCAGUACGACUACUAUACCCGCAUCGCAAAAGAGAGUCCAGACAUGCGCCUGGAUGUGCAGUGGCUGAAUGAGGAGUGCGAUGAUCCGGCCUACGUUCGGGACUUGAAUGCCGCACCUGGCCUGCUUGCCGUCGCCAUGGAAGAAUACGUCGAUCCCAAGACUGGCAAUACCGACCUGCGUGGCCUGCCAUUCGUUGUACCGGGUGGCAGAUUCAACGAGCUGUACGGAUGGGACAGCUACAUGGAGUCUCUCGGCUUGCUCAUCAACGGUCGUGUCGACCUGGUCAAGUCAAUGGUCCAGCAUUUCUGCUUUUGCAUCAAGCAUUAUGGAAAGAUUCUAAACGCCAACCGCACCUACUACCUGUGCCGGACACAGCCCCCGUUCUUGAGUGAUAUGGCUCUGCGUGUCUAUGACCGGAUCAAGUUUGAGCCCGGAGCCUUGGACUUUCUGCGACAGGCCAUCCUCGCCGCAAUCAAGGAAUACCACAACAUUUGGAUGAGCGAGCCUCGCUACGACCCCGAGUCUGGCCUGACCAGGUACCGACCAGGCGGCAUCGGUGUCCCCCCGGAGACUGAGGCUUCCCACUUUGUGCAUGUCCUCGAUCCCUACGCCAAGAAGCACGGCAUGACCUUUGAGAGCUUUGUCCAGGCCUACAACAGCGGCGAAAUCAAGGAACCCGUCUUGGACGACUACUUUCUCCAUGAUCGUGCCGUCCGGGAAUCGGGACAUGAUACCUCGUACCGACUCGAGAGAAUCGCCGCAAGCCUCGCCACCGUCGACUUGAAUGCCCUGCUCUACAAGUAUGAGCAGGACAUUGCUCGCACUAUUCGUGGCCACUUUGGCGACAGCCUCGUCAUUCCAGCAGAGUUUUGCACAAAAGGUCAGGUCCCGGGGCAUGUGGAGAGCUCGGCAGUCUGGGACCGCCGCUCGAAGAGGAGACGCGCCCUGAUGGACAAGUACAUGUGGGACGAGGAGCAGGGCAUGUACUUUGACUACAACACCGUCACUAAGAAGCACACCGGCUACGAGAGCGCUACCACUUUCUGGCCCAUGUGGUCCGGUGUCGCAACUCCCCGCCAGGCUGCCAUCCUCGUGGCCAAGGCCUUGCCCAAGUUUGAAGCCUUUGGUGGCCUCGUCUCUGGAACGGAAAAGUCGCGCGGUCCGGUGGGGCUUGAGCGGCCAAACCGGCAGUGGGACUAUCCCUUUGGCUGGGCGCCCCAGCAGAUUCUUGCCUGGGUCGGGCUGCAGCGUUACGGGUACGAAGCAGAGGCUCAGCGACUGGCCUACCGGUGGAUAUACAUGAUUUGCAAAGCCUUUGUCGACUUUAACGGCGUCGUCGUCGAAAAGUACGACGUCACUCGUCCCAUUGACCCGCACAAGGUCGAGGCCGAAUAUGGCAAUCAAGGGAGUGACUUUAAGGGUGUGCCGCGUGAGGGAUUCGGCUGGGUUAAUGCAAGUUAUAUAUACGGAUUGACACUGAUCAAUGCUCAUCAAAAGCGUGCUUUGGGCGCACUCACGACCUACGACACCUUUCUCAAGGCUACGGAAGCCCUGGGUCUUUGA